AUGUUUAAGGUGAGGGAGAGCUCAACCUUACAGUCUAUCGAUCCCUCAGCAGGAGACGACCCCACACCAGACGAUCCCCCGGGGGGAGACGACCCCACACCAGACGAUCCCCCCGCGGGAGGAGACGAUCCCCCGGGAGGAGACGAUCCCGCGGGAGGAGACGAUCCCGCAGGCGGAGACGACCCCACACCAGACGAUCCCCCCGCGGGAGGAGACGAUCCCGGGGCGGAGACGACCCCACACCAGACGAUCCCCCCGCGGGAGGAGACGAUCCCGCGGGGGGAGACGACCCCACAUCAGAGGAUCCCCCCGCGGGAGGAGACGAUCCCGGAGGAGACGAUCCCGGGGUAG